UCUGUAGAUGGAUGGAAAAGAAGAUGGGUGGAAUCUAAACAUCAGCCAGACUAUGGUAAAUUUCAGCUCAGUGCAGGAAAAUUUUAUGAAAAUGAAGAAAAAGAUAAAGGUCUCCAGACCAGUGAAGAUGCUAAGUUUUAUGCCCUAUCAACCAGGUUUAAGCCGUUCAGCAAUGUGAAUGAGACCUUGGUGGUUCAGUUUUCAGUAAAACAUGAGCAAGGUAUCGAUUGUGGUGGCGGGUAUGUGAAACUCUUUCCUGACACUCUGAACCAGGAGGAUAUGCAUUCGGAUUCUGCGUAUUACAUCAUGUUUGGUCCUGACAUCUGUGGCUUUGGCAACAACAAAGUACAGGUCAUCCUUUAUUACCAAGGAAAAUACCAUGAGAACAACAAGACCAUCAAGUGCAGGAUCAAUAAAGACACUCAUCUGUAUACUCUGAUUAUUCGCCCCAAUGCUACCUAUGAAGUCAAAAUUGACAACAUGCAAAUGGCAGCUGGGAAUCUGGAGGAUGACUGGAGUUUUUUGCCUCCCAGAAAAAUAAAAGACCCUUAUGCCCGGAAACCAAGGAAAUGGGAUGAACGUCUGCAAAUAGAGGAUCCUGAAGAUAAGAAACCUGAGGACUGGGAGGACUUUGAGUACAUCCCAGACCCAGAGGCCAAGAAGCCAGAAGACUGGAAUGAGGCGAUAGACGGCGAGUGGGAAGGGCCCCUGAUAUUGAACACAAAAUAUAAGGGACAAUGGAAACCUCGGAUCAUUGACAAUCCCAAUUACCAGGGAGAGUGGAUUCAUCCAGAGAUAGACAACCCUAAAUAUAAGCCUGACCCCACCAUUUGUCACUAUUAUAACAUCAGUGUCCUCGGCCUGGACCUUUGGCAGGUAAAAUCAGGCAGCAUCUUUGACAAUUUCCUCCUUACGAAUGAUGAAGAGUUUGCUGAAGAGGUUGGAAAUAAGACCUGGGGAAGGAGAAAAGACAUAGAGAAGCAUUGGAGAGAACUUUUUGAAGAAAUGGAAAAAAGAAAAGAGGAAGCAGAAGCUGAGAAGAAAAGAGAAAAGGAGGAGGCAAGAGAAGAUGAUUUCUGGGGGAUUGAAGAAGAGGAAACUGAAGAGGAUUCUGAUGAGGAACCAGAAAAUGAUGGGCAGAUGCAGGACGAUGAUGCUGAAAGUGUACCUGUACGUGAAAAUGAAAAAGUUGCUGUUGACCAGAAAGAUGAACUGUAGCUAGGAAAAAGAGGAUUACACUCAGAGACAAAUGGUGUUUCUUCGGAGAAAUAUCCAUGAGGAUGGCAAAAUUCAGGGUGCAAAAUAACUUGCUUUUUUUUUUUUAGAGAGAUUUUUUUUACUCUAC